AUGAUUCCGCAUCUCAACUUCUGGCGUCGGGGGGGCUCGAAGCCCACCGUUGAAAGUCGCAGCGGGUUGUUGGAUGGCGAUGCGCAACGCCGUCCCCGGCACGCGGCCGCGGCAUCUGAACGGCUGCGCGCCGUGCUGAGAUUCAUCAUGCCCGUCGUGCUCUUUACCGCCCUCGGUUAUUUCCUGAUGAGCCUCUCUCCGGACGAGACCAGACGGUUCUUCCACGGGGAUGGCGGCGCCGAGAGGGCCAUUUCCCGGACUAGUCUCGAGAGCCUCUACAAACCGAACCGUAUCGAUAGGGGCGGCCCUCGGCGGCUCAGGCUCUUCAUGCCCGCCGACGGGCCGAGCAUCAACCUCUGCAAGACCGUCAUGUCGGCCGUCGCGCUGGGGUACCCGAUGCCCACCCUUCUGAACUGGAACGGGGAGUUCAACAGGCCGGACUGGCACUUUGCCGGAUCCCACAUCGCCAAGUUGGAAUCCCUGCUGGCCGCCAUCGACCACCUGUACGAGCGGGAGGACGGCGGCGACGUGAAUGAGGACGACCUCGUUCUCCUCGUCGACGCCUACGACGUCUGGUUCCAGCUGCCCCCCUCCGUCCUCGUCGAGCGCUUCCACCAGCUCAACCGCAAAGCCGACGCCCGCGUGAGGAAGCAGUGGGAGGAGGGCGGCGGCCUCAAGCCGGGCUUCCCCGUGGCCCCGCCGACGCAGAGCGUCCUCGUCACCACGGCCAAGGACUGCCAGCCAGGCCGGGAGUCCGGGUCCGACCCGCGCUACGAGUACUGGCCGGACUCGCCCCUGGCCCCCGACUUCUACGGCAACGAGACCGACCGGGUGCUGCCGUACGUCUUGGACUCGGCCAGGAAGUACAAGAAGAUCCGGCCCAGGUGCGUCAACAGCGGCAUGAUCAUGGGCACCGUCGGGUCGCUGCGGGGCGCGCUGCGGAAGUGCAGGGCCAAGGUCGACGCGGCGGCCGCGGGCGGGCGCCAGCUCUGGAGCGACCAGGCGCUUCUGGCCGAGGUCAUUGGGGACCAGGAGGUGUGGCGGCACUGGAUGCGCGGGCUGGCCCCGGAGUGGAACGGGUUCGUCUCCCGGGAGCGGCUGGGGGAGCUGCCGCGGGAGGUGCGGCGGAUCGCGGACGCGGCGUUGGCCGGGGAGGAGUUCGAGUUCGGGAUCGGGCUGGACUACGAGUUCGCCACGAUCCCGCCGACGUGCUCCUCGGAAGACGACGGGUACUUCGUCCGGCUCGACGACGCCGAGGGCAUUCGGAGAGCGUCGGACGAGGCCGGGGUGCCGGGCGGCGAGGUGAGGGUCAAGGGCAUCAUCCCGCCCGAGCUGGAACGCGCCGCGCCGCCGCCGACGACGACGACGCUCCCCGGGCACGUCGGCGGCGGCUGGGGCAACGUGUCCCUCUACACGGACUUCUUCUUCGGGACCUCGCCCGUGGGGAUCCACCACAACGCCUACGUCUUCGGCCUGAAGGCGUGGAGGCUGGAGAACUGGUGGAACAUGACCUGGUUCCACCCUCGUCUGCGGGAGCUGGUGACGGCGUCCCUGGGGUCGAACAGGAAGCUCGCGCCGCUCGCGAGGCUCCCCCUGGAGCCCGACGGGCGGGACGAGAUGGUCUACUGGGCCUCUGACGAAGGGCCGGCCGAGGCGGGCGUCAGGGUCUUUGACGGGUCGAAGGAGGCGAUGGGGUACUCGGCCAUCGGGUGGGAUGGGAUCUGCCAGAAGGGGGACAGGAGCUGGUACGAUGUGGUCUUUGGGGACGGCCAGGGGCCGCUGGCUAUGUAA